AUGUCUUUACAGCUCGCUCCCAGUGCCCAGUAUAAUGUUGCCAUCGUGGGUGCGACAGGUGGUUUAGGCAAGGAGGUAGCGAAGGCGUUUCUUACCCACUACCGGCCUUACUUCGCCAGCAUUGUCGCCGUCGUGCGCGAUGCCUCGACCGUCGCUGCUCGAGCACUGGCCGAACAAGGGGCAGAGCUCCGUCAGGUCAACAGCGCUGAACCUGUUGUCUCAUUUGCCGAGGCAUUCAAGGGUGUGGAUGCCGUUGUCAAUAUCGCGAACGCUGCGGCUUCCGUGGACUAUCACAACGCUAUAUUCGAAGCCGCGCUGAACAGUGGUGUGAAGGUGUACUUCCCGUCAGAGUUUGGCUCUGAUCUUCGCUGGAAUGACUUCCCGGGUUGGGACGAUGUUAGCUGGGUGCAGAAGCGAGAGCAUCUCAGCUAUGUUCGUCAGCUCUCCGGAGGGAAAGUUAAGAUCGUAGCGGUGUCUACCGUGGGAUUCGAUACGGCAAACAUGACGUAUACUGUGGUUGGCUCUCCUGACACUAAGAUUGCGCUCACGGCCAAGCUCGAUAUCGGCCGCGCUCUCGCAGAGCUCUCGCUGCUCUCCCUCUCCCCAGAGUCUGCUUCCCGUGUCCCCGACCACGUACGCAUUGCCGGUAACAAUAAAAGCUAUCGCGAGGUGCGCGACAUCGUGCAGAACGUUCGGAAGGUACUUGGUGUACCGUCAGACGGCGAGAUCGUGCUCAAGACCGAGGACUACGAGAAAUUCAAGGCCCUAGUACGCGAGGAACAGCUCAAAUCUCCCUCUCCACAUCCGCUUCGUCACCUCAUGCUCCUGAGCGCCGAGGGAAAGAUGGACUUCUCUACCAACGAUAACGACCUGGUCAACCCGGGACAGAAGGUAUGGAAGUGGAAGUCUGUCACAGACUAUAUCCAGGAGGUUGGAGGGAGACCCUUCUGCUAA